GUCGUCGGUGGCUGUCAGUCCGACCGUGUAGCGGCUUUACUCCGGCUCUUCACUGCUAACUCGCGUUAGCCUAUGGGACACAUGCUGACAAGACGAAAAGCAUCUGGAGGACGUUAACUUUGACCUGUAAGGUGGUGAAAUGAGCUCAUCAGAAGAGGUGAGGUGAUCGAACAGAAAUUAACAUUACAGCAUUUCUUUUGUGAGCUCGGCCACUGUGGAUUAAAACCAAACCGCCACAUGCUUCUGUUUCAUGUCACUCAUUUGCUCUCACCACUGGGGGACUGUCUGUGCCUGGUCAGCCCGUCCAUGUUUGACUUAUAAUAGUCAGAACUGUCUGCGGGUGAUUUAUUUGAGACCAAUCCAUCAGCAGCAAACUGCUGCCAGUAUUUUCUCGAAUGACAUACAUUUGCACGUGUGUGUGUGUGUGUGUGUGUGUGUGUGUGUGUGUGUGUGUGUGUGUGUGUGUGUGUGUGUAACACAGCAUCUGUCUCACAGCCGAGCUGUAACAGUCACAGGGUGUUGAUCUAUUAAUGGCCCCUCUGCUGUGGAACUCCCUGCUGGGAGAUCUCAGGCAGGAAAACUCACUUGUAUGGCUUUUUCUGAUAUUUGUUGUGAUCAUUUAAUGAUGUUAUCUUGUAUAUAUUUUAACUUCCUGGUUCUUUGUUUUUGUUGUAAAUUGUAUUGCUUUAUUGCUUGGAACUUUUUGUGUUAGCUGUAAUGUAGUUGGUGUUAAUGAGCUACAGGUGAUCUAAUCUGCCACAGGUGAUGUCUGUCAUCUCACCAGAGUGGACAGGUUGGUGUGUGGAUUCCACCGACCGCCUGCGAGAUAAGCUGAUGUCCAUUCGGGUUAAGAAAGUGUAGGAGACUUUACUGCUCUGUCUGUGGGGAAUCUGAGUCCAGGACUUUCAGUCUUUGGAUCAAGUAGCUAGUGAAAAGUAAAGUUUGCCAAAUUUAGUAGUCAUUACAGUUAUUUCAGUGUGUCUGAUAAAAACUGAAUCAACAUGUAUGUAAAUACAGGCAGGCGAUGGGACUCAGCAUCCAAAACAUUUUGGACCAUAUCACCAGUCCUUGUGUGGACCCAUGACGAGUGUCUCUGUUUUAUCAGCGUUUAUGUGAAGGAAAUAGCGUCCACUUAGAAACAUCAUGAAGACAGAGAGAGAGUCAUGUUUUUGAAAAUAGUUUUUUAGGGUCACAGCUUGGAUAAAUGUGCAAGGAAAAAAGUGUAAACCAGUGUUAACUCUACAAGGUGUCGUGAAGGAUGAAUGUAAAAAAAAAAAAAUAAAAAAGGCAUCAAAUCAAGCACCAAGUCUGUCUCCUCUGAAGCAGGAGACAGACAGAGUGAAGGAAGGGUGGGAGCACAAAAGUGAGAGGCAAAGGAGUUAGGGUCAGAGAAGAGACUGACCCUGAAGACCAGAGGAUGCUAUAUGAGAGAAGAACAGCUGAAAUGCAGGUUUGUUUAUUAUUUGUCAAAACUUCCUCAUAAAAAGAUUCAUCAGAUGCGUUUAGCUUUUUGCCCAACUAAGAUUUUAAUAAAUCAAAUUCUGUAUUUAAAUCCAUCCCUGACAGCUCCCCACUAGAAGGUGUUGCACCUGCACUAGAUGCAGGGACAUGUCAACAGACAAUGAGAUGCUCUGCUGCUGCCAGUUUUUGAUACAUGUUGGUACAUGUCCAUGCAGAUGUUGAGUGUUUGUUGGUUCAUGAUUUAUUUACAUAUAAAGACAUUUUUACUAACAUUUUUAAGCCUCUUGAAUUAUUUACAUACACAUCUACAGCUUAGAAAGCCAGGACAGUUUAACAUUCACUCCAGGGACCUGAGUCCCUGACAGAUGUGGGGGGGGGGGGGGGGCUGUGUCUCCUCGGAUCAUCAGGCUUUUAGACUCCUUUUUCUGGGAAGACCCGUUCCUCCUCCAAGCCUCCUGGUAAGAAUGGCCUUCUGCAGGUCUGGGAUGUAGCUAUUUAGGUAACACAUGUCACCAUGUUAGCGUCAUGUUAUGGACACACACGUGUGUGUGUGUGUGUGUGUGUGUGUGUGUGAGCAGCAGCAGCAGUUCAGUACGGUAGACAUCAGACACAGGUGAGGGAGGCAGUGUGGCCUUUACAGUCAGACCAAGACAAAAAUCAGGACUACAAAUGAUACAUCAGAUUUCCCUGCUAAGCGAUGACACGCUCUCUGUGUGUGAGCAUGGGUGAUUGGAGUUUUCCAUGAUCCUAAUGAGUCACUCUGUCCACACUGAUGGACUUUCUGUCAAUUUCCUGCUCGUCAACAGUCACAAUGUGUGUCUCUUGAAUCUUGUUCUGUGGUUGUGUAUGCAUGCAUGCUCCUGUGGAGUCCAUCCUGCCAUCUCCUAAUGAAUAGAGAAGAAGACACUGGACUAUUUACAAUCAAAAGUUGCCAUAUUAUGUACUGGACUGUCAUAGCAAACUACAGACAUGUGACUGUAAUCAUGGUUGACUAAGGUAUAAAAUAAUGUGUCAGUUACAGACCUGAAGAACAGCAUGGUCCUUUUAAAACCCUGACAUCGGUGUAUUUGUAGCCUCCACCCUGUACGUCAGACUCGAUGAAUGAACGUGCGUGAAUAGGUGAAUGUGAUGUGUCGUGUAAAGAGCUUUGAGUGGUUGAUAAGACUAAUGUUAUAUAUACAUUUAAGACAUUAUUUUCUCCUUGUAGGAUGUAUGUAAGGCAGAGCCACAGCACUGUCACCUGUGAAGGGUCUACACUCCAAAACUCAUUUAAAGGCACCAGGAUGUGGUAGUGUGUAUCCACUCUACUAAUCAGAAUACUAUUAACCGGUACCCUGACUUCAGUAAUAGCUGAGACCUGCCGACGAGCAGAAAAGCAUUUGGAGGACACUGACGUUGACCAAUAAGGAGUUGAAAUGAGUUCUUCAGAGGAGGUGAAGCAGACAGACUCAGACAGGAGCAGACCUCAUGAGUGUCACAAGUGCGGCAAAUCUUUCAGUCGGAUCUGUAGCCUCAGAAGACACGAGCUCACUCACUCUGCAGAGGAAGUCUUCCACUGUGAACAGUGUGGCAGCACUUUCAGCCAACUGAAUGCAUACAACCUACACCUGUAUACCCACCCUGAAGAGACACCAUACUGCUGCGACCAGUGUGGGAGGGAUUUCAGUGACCAGAGCUCAUACAGGAAACACCUGCAUAACCAUGCCGGACCAUACAAGUGUGACCAGUGUGACAAGAGUUUCAGUCAGUGGGGUAAUUUCACAGUGCACCUGCGAGUCCACACGGGAGAAAAACCUCACCACUGUGACCACUGUGGGAAGAGUUUCCGAUGCCUGAGUACAUACAAGAACCACGUACGUACCCACACUGGAGAGAAACCCUAUUGCUGUGACUACUGUGGGAAGAGAUUCACUCAGUUUAGUACUUACAAGCAACACCUGCGUAUCCACACUGGAGAGAAGCCAUACCAGUGUGAACAGUGCGGGAAAAGUUUCAGUCGCUCCAGUAAUUACAAUCAGCACCAGCGUGUUCACACUGGGGAGAAAUCAAACUGGUGCGAUCAGUGCGGGAAAAGGUUCAGUCGGCCGGGGAGCUACAUCCGACACCUGCGCGUCCACACCGGUGAGAAACCGUACCGGUGUCACCAGUGUGGUAAAGGCUUCAGCCAGUCAGGGAGUUAUAACCAACACCUGCGUAUCCACACUGGAGAAAAACCAUACUGGUGUCAACAGUGUAAGAAACUGUUUGCGUGGUCUUUGUCCUUGAGGAGACAUCGUUGUGUUGAAAUAGAUGGAGAGAGCUCAGACUGUGUGUAGCAAAGAAAAGCUUUGUUUGAACUACAGUUAUGACCUAAAUCUAUAAUCUAAACAUAUAAUACUAAUUAUAACAUAUGUCUAAUAUUGACUAUGAAACAGAGUUUUCAAAAGUUGUAAAACGUAAAUGCCGAGUUGUGAUUUGAAGAGGAGUGAACUCAGGCCUAUAUGGGAUUAAAUGACGGUUGGUUUCUGUAGUUCACUGGAUCUGUUAGAAUAAUGUAGAUAUAACCUGUUGUACCAUGUAACUCAGAAUGUUGGCUGCAAUAUGAAACAGCUGAUCUUUCUCCUGUAGUCAUCUGACUCUCUGCUAAACUGUGAGUGGAUGAAAAGAUCCAAAGAGAACGUUUUGGGCUGUUGACAUCUGUGAGCGCCAGGUCCAGGAGUCCCAGUGUCCCCGUUCCGUCUGAUGGUAUGAAGAUUAUAAUUACAAGAAAAAAAAAAUUUGAUCAUGCACAUUAAUUUGUGUUCUGUAGUGUAUCUGUAGUGUUCUAUAUUUAAAAGCAGAAAAUAAAGUUU